GUCAUAAAACCUAAGGGGAAAAGGGUGAUGGGCAGUACCAAAGUACCAGAGAGGUCAAAAAGGUUAAGGGUUGAGAAAUGAAUGUUGGCAGCUGAGACCUUCAGUAACUGAGAACAGUUUUGUCAAAUGAAGACAAAAAUCAGAUUUUAAAGAGUUAAGAGAAUGAGAGGAAAAGUGGAGGCAUCUAUCCUACAGAUGUAUUUUCAGGAGUUUAGCCACAAAAGCGAGGGGAGAUAAAUGAGGGGGUUUCAAGGAUGAAGGCACUGUUGUCAUUUUGGUAGGCAGUAGGGAAAGAAAAAAAGAGGCUGAAAAUAAGGGGGAAAGUGGGAAUAGUAAGUAGGGCAAUCUGCUCACGGAGACAAGUGGAGUGGGAUCACUUGUGCCUGCAGAGAACUAGCUCUGGGAGUGUCCCACCAUCUCUAGGAUUCCAGCCAAAAUUCAUUUUUCCCUGACCCUCUCACUAGUCCCAGAUCAUUGCCAUCCCUGUAGCUUUCCAAAUAAAGAUGCCCUUCCCUGACCCCACUCCGCUCCUUGGCAUGGGAAUUCCUAGUCAGAGCAGGGGCUGUCUUUGAAUCUGUAUUUGUAUUCUCAGUGCUUGGCACACAGUGGGCACUUAUGGCCCAUAGUUGGAACAGUAGUUUGCUGAGAAGCUGCCCUCAAAGUUUCCUUCAGUGUUUGCCACUGGGUCUCUUUGUACUCCAGCACAAAGCUUCCCCCGCAGAUCUGGGCUGCCUUUCCCUCACAAAUGGGGCUCUCAGAAGGCAGACACCAAGUCUAUCCCACAUAUUGGGGGCUUCCUGGGGAAAAGUGGCCUUUCCCUCCUAGCAGGGGCUAUCACUUCAGCAAAUAUGGGUCUGUCUUCCAGUCACAUCUGAGGCUCCUGAAAGGAUGCUCUCAGAGAACAGAACUCUGGUCUACACCUCUGAGUGCGAACACAAAAUCCCAAAGUGCAGAAGCUACUUCCCCAUCAACUCCUUUCUAGGACUCCAGGAGAGCAUCUGGAUCCAGUUUUCCAGGUCAGGGUCGUGGCAAGCCUCAGGUAAGGGGCAAGAGGAGGAAGCUGAACAAUUUUUAAAAAGAGUAAUAAUGAAAUAAACAAAACACCAACACAAAUGUUCCGGGGCGGUUUCAACCAGAUCAAUUUCAAAACUGGGCGUCAGAAGUAGGAGGCGCAAGUAGCAUGCGUCCCUGGCAACCAGGAGCAGCUGUUGCUAAGGGGCGUGCCUUUUGCCCACAUUCAAGAUGGAGUGGCGACAGCGUCAUAACAGGAACAGCUUUCCCCAACGAGCCUGUAGGCUAGCGUCUGGCAAAGGUCAUCCUUGGGGUCCAGGCCCCAGAGCCCCCACCUCUCUGGAGAGGAUUUAAAUAAAAGGCAGUAUCUCUGUUAAUAUCCAAGCUAUUUGAAGCCUCCUUUAGACCUAAAGCAUGGGCGACGAUGAUGCUGCCAGUAGCCAACAUGGCUGGAGCACCGUUUCCUGCACCGCCCCGUGCCAAGAUGGUGGUACUUCCGGUCCUGGGCGGCCCGCAGGGAAGAUGGCGGAGAAGCGACGGCCCACGGCGCCGGUGGCCGGGACUUCGGAGGCUCGGCGGGCGAGCCCGGCACGGGGCCUGGCUACCGAAAGCGAGGAGGAGUUCCUGCGGCAGGCCGGGGUGACGGCUAUGCUUCGCGCGGCGCUGCUCAAGGUGCUGGAAGCGCGACCCGAUGAGCCGCUCCCCUUCCUGGCGCACUACUUCGACAACCUGGGCCUGCGCUCGCCCGCCAACGGCGGCGCCGGGGAGCCUCCGGGCCUGCUUCUCCUGCAGCAGCAGCGCAUCGGCCGCGCUUUGUGGCACCUACGCCUGGCUCACCACUCCCAGAGGACGGCCUUCAACAACAACGUCAGCGUGGCCUACGAGUGCCUGAGUGCCAGCGGCCGGAAGAAGAGGCCGGGCCUUGACGGACGCACCUACAGCGAGCUGCUGAAGCGCAUCUGCAGAGACGGGGAGGCCCCCGAGGAGAUCGUGUCCCCCCUCCUGCGGAAGAUCCAGUGCCGGGACCACGAGGCCGUCCCCUUUGACAUCUUCCGCUACGGCAUGCUCACCUGCUUUGUGCUUCUGGAGUUCGUGUCCCGGGCAGAUGCGCUCUACGAGGUCCUGGAUGACUCGGGACAGGCUGACCGCCGAGUGUGCCAGGCGGUGCUAGACACCCUGGAGGGGGCCCUGUUGGCGGGGGACUUUGAAGCUCCCAGCCGCUACCUGGAGGCCGGCUCUCAGCUGGGCCCCGACUGCCUCGCCCUGGCCAUGGACCGGGCCCUGCUGGCCCGCAAGCCCAACUCGUCCAUGCUGAGGGACGAGUUCCUAGAGAAAGCUGCUACCCUGUUUAUUGCCAAGGUUAGGCCCGUGGGCUAACCCAAAGCUGCCAAACCUUUCAGGGAACAACCUGGCCCAAGAUACGGGUUGGGACAGUGGGCACCAAUGGGCAAGGCUACCCCAUCCUUCCUCUUGGCCCCUGCCUCCACUCUGUCUUCAGAUACCUCAUUCCUUUCCCUGACCCCCUGCUGGGAAAGGCCCUCUGGCUGGCUUGGGAAUUCCUAGGAGGAAGGGACGGGGCCUGGGCUGCUGGCAGCUCAGAUUGCUCAGGUUCUCCCAAAAGAAAGUGCCAUGGCAUACUGGGAAUGCCAGGAAACCUGACAGACUCAAGAUCAACUCUUUCUCAGCCUCACUUCUCCUUGCGGACUGCCUUUGGGGAGAUAGCACCCUCUCUCUAGUUUUCCAUCCCAGCCCCUGAAAAGCCUCCCCCCAGGCAAGAAGCAGAGUCCAGGUAGUUUGCCAUAGGGAAGAGGGGUCCGGUCCUGAGGUUACUUUCUGGGUUGAAAUUGGGAAAUAGAACUCCCCAAUCUGCCCAUCACUCCAUACAGCUCAGCACUGAGGCCUGAUUUUCCCCAGCUUCCACCUGUGGCUUUCCCCUGCCUCCUCUCUGCUCCUUGGGUUGGGGCUCCCAUUUGUUCCACGCUUCCAUCUUCACUCAAAGUAAUAAAUUCUUUGUAACCUCUG